ACUUCACGAACCAUCAUACUUCAUUCCCUUCGUAUUCCCAACAUUUGACCUCUCCUCCUCAAAUCAACAUGAAUAUUCAAAGUUGCGUUUCAAAUAAGGUGAUCGCGGCUUCGCUUCUCCUCAGCCUCCUGGCGGUUGUUGCGGCGGCCGAUUUCAACAAAGAGUUCGACAUCACGUGGGGCGAUGGCCGUGCCAAGAUACUGAACAACGGGCAGCUCCUCACGCUGUCUCUUGACAAGACCUCGGGUUCCGGCUUCAAGUCCAAGAACCAGUACUUGUUCGGGAAAAUUGACAUGCAGCUGAAGCUCGUGCCUGGCAACUCCGCCGGAACAGUUACCGCCUACUAUCUAUCCUCUCUAGGCUCUACUCACGACGAAAUCGAUUACGAGUUUCUGGGUAACCUGAGCGGAGACCCGUAUAUUCUCCAUACCAACGUAUUCACCCAAGGCAAAGGAAAUAGAGAGCAGCAGUUCUAUCUCUGGUUCGACCCGACCAAGGACUUCCACACCUACUCCAUCCUGUGGAAUCCUCAAAGCAUCAUCUUCUCGGUGGAUGGAACUCCUAUAAGAGAGUUUAAGAACCUAGAGUCCAAAGGCGUCCAAUUCCCGAAGAGCCAGCCCAUGUGGCUAUACUCGAGCCUGUGGAACGCAGACGACUGGGCCACGAGAGGCGGGCUCGUGAAGACUGACUGGAGCCAAGCCCCGUUCACGGCCUCCUACAGGAACUUCAACUCCCAGGCAUGCAUCCGGACUUCCUCGGGGACUUCGUCGUGCUCGCCUUCGAAAAACUCGUGGUUCUCGCAGUCGCUCGGCUCGACGGGGCAGCAGAGGAUCAAAUGGGUGCAGAAGAAUUACAUGAUCUACAACUAUUGCACUGACACCAAGCGCUUUCCACAGGGAUUUCCUCCCGAAUGCUCCCUUUCUUGAAGCACUAGAGUAAAUUUCUAUAAUUAAAUAAACAAGACAGAAAAAUAAUUAAAUUCUUUUUUGUUUUCUUCGUGAAUAAGAUGUAUACUUCUGUCUGUACCUAGGAGGUUUUGUUUAAUGCUUAUUUGCUUCAGAUGUUUCGUGUAAAGGAAAAAUAAUCUCGUACACGUGACUUUUGUUCUUCUUC